GUACUUCCGGUGAUGGAAAAGCACAAAGCGAAACUGGAUUUUUGAAAAUUAUUGGUUAAGCACAAAACCUAGCCGUGUGGUUUGACUGGAGAAGGACUGCCUUACCAUGGAGGAGGAGGUCAACAUGGUCAAAGAAACCUUUAUAGAAUGCACUGACAAGAAACAGGUGCCUGGUGCUCAGAACGAUUCUGUCAGAGAACCCAGGGUCUUAAACUCAAUGCUGUUUCUUCACGAUGCUUGUGAGAAGUUGACGCAGACAAACCAUGAGUAUCUACUGUUAGUUGUGAAGGAGGAUCCCAGGGAACGACUCCAUUUUACCUCCCCUAAAGGAGCCUCCUUUCUACAGAGCAGGUCAUGUGACCUUCUCCAGGAAUUCCUCACCCACUGUUACGGUGGAGAAGAAGUCCGAGAUCAAAUCGAGAAGCCUGAUGAACAUUAUGUCAGUAAUGCCAGUGAGAAAAAGGAAGAAGAGGUCACAGAGGUCCAAAUGGUCACAGAGGUCAAGGAGGAAGAGGAAAGCUUAACAAGGAUCAAGGACAAGGUCCCUGUUGGAGACACUCAACAAAUCAAGUCCAGAGUCACUACAAGACAGGCUAAGAGGAAACAAGAGGGCCUUGUGCCUGACCCAGAAGAAGUGGGGAAGAAGACUGCCGAGGAGGGAGAUGACACUGAAGAUGAUGAUCCAGGUGAUGAUUUUGUAGAUGAUGAUAAUGACGAGGAUUGGCAGCCCAAUGAAGAAGAGAGAAGUGAUGAUUUUGUGGGAUCUAGAGCAAAAAGUACCAGGAGAUCGGGGAUUGAGUAUGAAAGUGACGAUACAGUUAUGGAUGUAGCUGAAGGGGCGAAAACUCUGAGUGAUGUUGUCUCCAACAUUUGUGCUAAAUUACUUGAUGAAGAAGAAACCGAAGAGAACUCAGAAAGCAGCAAACAAAAAAAAGAGGCAUCCAAUGAAAAAUCUACAGACAAGUCACCAGUUCAGAAAGGAAGAGGAAGGAAAGCCAAUCAAAAAGUUUUACCCAAAACUUCAGUCAGGACAAGAGCCAAUGAGAAAUCAAGUAACAAUAAAACUACCAAUGAAAAGUCAAGAAACAAGAAAGGGAAAAUAUCAAAAGCUAAAAAAUGUAGGGGCUGUCAGCAGGAAUUCAAUUCCAUCGUGGAGCUCCGUCUUCACCAGAAAUCUUCAAAAUCAUGUCAGGAGAAGAAAUACUUCUGUGACCUGUGUUCUGCUAGCUUUGUUACAAAGCAUGGCCUCCUGAAACACGAGCGCAGUACCCACACAGUGGAUAAAGAAAUGAAGAGAAAAGAGUCUGAAAAGGAAGGGGAAAAAGUCCACGUUUGUGUCCAAUGUAAUGAAGAGUUCCCAAGCAAGCAGACGUUAUACGAACACCAGGUCAAACACAACAAGAAUUUAUUUGCCUGUAGGAAGUGUAAGGGGUUGUUUCCUGAUGAGGAAUCUUAUGAGCAACACAAGAAAGUCCAUGGGGAGGAUGAACAGAACGGAGAAGAGGGAGGGGAGAGUUUGAAUGAGACGUGCAUUAACUGUGAGAAGCCGAUACAAGGCGAAGAGUUGGGAGAGGGAGGAGGCUCCCUGCUGUGUGAGGAAUGCUGUGGAAAUGAGUUCUCCUGUAAACAGUGUCAACAGAGGUACAAGAUGUUCUACAUCCUGGCCAUGCACGACUGUAGGAAAUCCUAUCCGAAGAACAUGGAGGACAUUCUGUCUAUAGACUUUGAGACACUAGAAGGCGGACUCACGUGUAAUAUGUGCUUUAAGCAUUUUAAGAGUAAAAAGAAUCUCUGUGCUCAUUAUAAGCUACAUUACAGUGAUACCAGGUUUCAGUGUAAUAUUUGCUUUAAGUAUUACAAAGACAGCAGUAAGUUAAAGAAGCACAAGCGGUUUGCUCACAGUGAUGAGCGAGAGCAUAUGUGUUCAUUAUGUGGGAAAUGUUUCAAAGAAAAGACAACUUUGUUGAGACAUUCGAAAAUCUGCAACAAUGACAACCGCGACUUCAUGUGCUCUACGUGUGGAAAAACUUUCAAAGAGAAUGGGACGCUCGGGAAACAUAUGAAGAUUUGUAAUUCAGAAAGGGUGCCUCACGCCAAAAAAUCCAAGGAACCAAGUCCAGAACAAUUGAGCUGUAAGAAUUGUGACCAAACUUUUCAUUCGGAAAGGAUGUACCUAAAACACAGGUGUGAGGGUCAGGGUAAAGGAGAAAUUGAUGGAGAGGAGGGAGGGACAAGCUCCGGGGCAUGUAGGAACUGUGAAAGGGUAACAGUCCAGUGUAACCAGCAGGGGCUGUGUAAACAGUGUGCUAGUAACAAGUUUGUGUGUUACCAGUGUAAACAGGCGUACAGCAUGUUCUAUCUCCUAGCCAUGCACAGCUGUGAGCGAUCGUUCAAGCAGAACCUCCAGUGGACCAGGAAGGUGGAUUUUCAUAAACCUGACCUGGAGCUUCCCUGUAACUUGUGCCAGAAGGUGUAUAAAAACAAGAAGAACUUGUGUUCCCAUUACAAAAUCCAUUUCACUCAUGAACGGAUCCAGUGCGAUAUUUGUGAACAGACGUUCAAACAUCAGAACAGCUUGCAUAAGCACAAACGAUUUGUUCAUAGUAACAUUCGCGACUAUGUUUGUGAUAUUUGCGGCAAAGCAUUCAAGCAGAGCGAUACGCUGACCACGCACAGGAAGUUACACACGCAUGAGAAGACGAAGGAGUACCAGUGUGAAGUGUGCGGGAAAUACCUCUCUGGAAGCACCGCCCUCACGGUCCACAUGAAUAUUCAUUCGGGAGCCAUGCCUUUUGUGUGUGAGAUUUGUGGGCGGUCCUUCAGGCAGUAUGGAAAUCUAAAAAAACACAAGAUCACUCAUGGAACAAAGAAGUCCUUCCAGUGUCAUGUCUGCCAGAAAGCCUUCAAACAUACUGAGACGUACAAAAUCCACAUGAAGGGCCACGUCCUGAAUGGUACACUGAGCGACAAUAAAUACGGCAAAAUUUACACCUGCUCCUACUGCAAUAAGAAGAUACCAUCAGCUUCACAAUACACUGUUCAUCUCAGGACCCACACAAAUGAGAGACCAUUCCAAUGUCAGCUCUGCUCCAAAGCCUUUAAAGAACACGGCAAACUGAAGAGACACAUGAAAACACACAUCGAGGACAACCUAAUGCCACGACAACGGAGGACCUCCAAACCACGACCCCAGGUCAGUGCCGGGUAUAACCUGGGACAGGACCUAGGGUACCAGCCAAACGGUGACCCCAGUAACAUGCUGAACACAGUGACCAUGUCAUUCACCAGUGAGGUGGAGGGGCAGUUACCACAGACCAUAGCCAUCCCUAUAACGGAGACCCACGGAAACUACCCCCAACAACAGGUGGCCGCGUUCACAGAGGAAGGGGCCAUUAUCAAUAUAGAUAAUGAGAGCUUUAGGGAAAGGUUCCUGCCAUUAGAGUAAAUGUUUUUUUAAUUUCUGUAUCUUUUAAACCUGCUUUCAGGGACACUAUGUAAACCAGAGGAAUAUUUUUUUGUCUCUGAAAUCUCCAGUACAGAGUUAACAAACCUUACUAUUUGUCGUAUGAUUUGAAUGUUAUAAAUGCAUGCUUAUCUUAUAUUUUAUCUAUAUAUCCAUCAGAAGUUUGAAAUAAUCAGUAUUUUCAUAGCUUUUCACCAUCAGCUUCCAUUAUCAUGAUUAUUUUGUUAAAAAAUUUCUAGUCCUUACAGAGCAAGUGUAUAUGUGGAUGUCCAUUUCUGUGCUACACUUUGCAAUCUUACCUUAUGCAAAUCAAAACUGAAAUAUCUAGGGUUAGGGGUUAAGUGGUCCCAGGUCUUUUCAUUUGAUAAUGUUGGCAGCUCUGUCCUUCUUUUUAUGUCUCUGCAUUUCAUUCAUUAUCAUUAUUUACAUAAAGUUUACGAAUUUUGAUCCUAUUUUAAUUGAAUGACCUGUACUUGUUAUUUGGACAGAAUUUAAGUGUGUGGUAAUUAAAGCAUUUCAAUCAUGUUAUUAUUUGUUUAUUGAUUCUUUUUUAACUAUAUACUUAACUUGACAUUGAAGCUUCUCUUUAGAUUCUGUCAAUUGUAAAUAAGGUACAUAUAUGUAGUUAAUAAGUAUUGUUUGUAUCCUUGAGAUACUCUCUCUAGCAUGUGGGCAUUUCAUUGAAAUGUUUGAAUUUUUAUUGCACUGUACAUUUUAUAAAAUGUAGUGAGUAUACAAAAAUUCUUGUGUUUUAAAACUUAACACAGUAUGAUGUGUAAUAUGCUUCUCUAUAAAGGGGAUUUUUUAUUUUUUAUCUACGUACAGUACAUGUGUGUAUAUGUUAAAACAUGGCAAUGCAAAAGCAAAAAAAGGUGCAUUUUAUUGUUAACAACAAAAUGGGGUGUGAUUUGGAUUUUACAAUCAUAUACUGUUACAAAUGUAAUCAACUUUUAUUUGCGACGACUGUAUUUUGCGAUUUACUAGAGGUAAACUAGUUUUCGACAAAGUAAUUUUUGCGAUCAAGCCUUUUAGAUCUGAGAAAAUUUUUGCAUGUGAAUAUAAGUUGGUUUUACAGUAUUUUAUUCAAUAUGAGGUGCCAUUAAUGGAUACAAUAUAGAAUUAGAGACUGUUUAAGUCAUUUUUUUCUAGACGCAAAUUAAGCUAUUUGUUUCCCAAAAUGUGAAUAUAAUUUUAGCAAGAAAAAAUUGUAGCAAUUUUAUUGUCAAUGAAGAUAGUCUCUACAAUAGAUAUUGAGCUGACAUUCAUUUUUUGCAAAAUCAAAACCCUUGUAGUUAAUGACAAAAUUAAAUCAUUGCUAAAAAAUAUUCUGCUCAUGUGAUAUUAAGAUUAAAGAAAAGAUAAAAAUUGUAUAUCAUUUUUGUCAUACAAAUAACAUCUUCUGUCUGUUAAUUAACGCUGAACAAAAACUGUCGACACAUCAAUGAUAUAAGUGUCUUAAAAUCUAAUUAUUAAUGAAAAUAAAAGUCAUUUGUAUACAGCAUCAUUUGAUUUUUUUAAAAUUUAAGUUCAUGUUAUGAUUGUUAUUAGAUUACUCAUGAUACAUUUCUAUGUAAGGCUGUUAAUGUAUUCUUGUAUGAUUUUGUUAAAAUCUCAUUUUGGGUUAAAAUUUGAGAUCAUAUAUUCAUUUUUUUUUCAAAUUAAUUUUCCUUUCUAGGCUACUAAAUAUCAAUUAAAAUGGUGUGCCAUAUUUUUAUGUAAUCAAAUAUAGAACAUGCAUGUCUAUUACUACAUUAUAUAUGAAGUACUUGUAGGGAAGCUUGGCCAUAUUAUGUAAUCAUGCAUGCAGCAAUGAUUCUUACUAGACCAUAUAGGUUGUAUCAUUGUGCUAAUUAUUACUGUAAAUCUUGAUACUUAGAUAUGCAUGUUCAAUAAAUAAAGAACCGAAAAAAUC